UGUGACGCGCCGCCAACUACAACUCUUUGCGAGCCUUUACCAGAUCAAUUUAGCAUAUCAACCUGCUCUAAUAUCCUAUCUCAUGACGUAUUACGUAUCUUCGUCUGGAUUAUUGGUAGUUUAUCUAUAGUAGGCAACAUUAUUUCCAUUGUAUGGCAUGUUAAAAGCUUUGUAAAGAAUAAUAUGGUGGUUCAAACAUUGUUAAUAAAUCUGUCCUUUGCUGAUCUCAUUAUGGGAAUUUACUUAAUCACGAUUGCCGUAACUGAUAUUUACUAUUUUGGUAUUUAUGCUCAAUAUCUCGAGACAUGGUUACAUAGUGUUAUAUGCGUUAUGGCUUCAUUUUUAGUAGCGAUCUCUAGCCUAAUGUCAACAUUUAUCCUUUUCCUCAUCACUUUGGAUCGAUAUCUAUUUCUAGUCUAUCCUUUUGAGAACUAUCGCCUUUCUUAUAAGCUAAUUACUCUCGUUUUAAUCGUGUUAUGGACCGUAUCAGCUACGUUUACCGCUUUGCCACUUGUUUAUAGCUAUAAUCAGCCUGCAUCUUAUAGAUUGUAUGGUACGAACAGCGCUUGCUUACCUGGAAAUACAGAUAAUAUUUAUUACCUAAGCUGGCUUCUAACUUACUGUGGUACUACUCUACUAACUUGGAUCUUUAUCGCAAUUAUGUAUAUAAUAAUCUUGGUUUAUUUGACAAAAUCACGGAAACAAGCUAAACGAGAAAUUUCCAAAUUCGAAAAAAUCGUCCGAGCUAAAAUGAUCACUAUUGUUAUCACCGACUUAAUCUGUUGGAUGCCAUUAUAUGUUGUAUUAAUUCAAGCGACAAUUGAACAAGAACUUGAUACCCAUGUAUUGCCGUUUAUUGCAGUUUUAUCUCUACCUCUUAAUUCAUGUAUCAAUCCUAUUAUUUACACAAUUUAUACAACAACUUUUGUUAAUAACGCUAUGCUGAUAAUAACAAAAAUACGAUCCUGCUGCUCUUGUUGUAUACUUUGCUCCUAUGAAGCUAAUGCUAAUUCUGACGCAUGUAGUGGAGGUAAGUACCCGCAACUGAAUUAA